AGCCCUAGAAGGAGAAAGCCCGGCCCACUGCAGCUCUCUCUCAGAAAAGCUCGACCCUUCGAACUCCUCGUCUCAGAGACGGCGGCGGCGGCCAUGGACAAUAGCCCUAGUCCCAAGAAGAGGAAACUAGCGGCGUCAAUGAUCCACGAAGCCCCGAUGUCGCCGGAGGCCACGGAAGAAGCGGCGGAUCUGGUCGCCCGCAACCAGCAACUGCCUCCUACCGCCGGCGCCGACCGCAUCAGCAAACUCCCCGACGCCAUCCUCGGCGACAUCAUCUCCUUCCUCCCGACCAAGGAAGGCGCGCGCACCGAGGCACUCGCGUCCCGGUGGCGCGGCCUCUGGCGCUCCUCCGCGGCGCCUCUCAACGUCGACUGCGGCGACCUCCCCUGCGACGAUCGCGUCCUGGACAUCUUCUCGUCCAUAGUUUCCAACCACCCGGGCCCGGGCCGCCGCUUCUGCGUCCCCUCGCUCGUCCUCGGCGACCGGCCGGACGCCGUGGACGCCUGGCUCCGGAGCCCCGCUCUGGGCAACCUCCAGGAGCUUGAGUUCUGGUACAGGCCGUACCGCCGGCCGGAGCCGCUGCCGCAUCCGCCGCCAUCCUCCAUGUUCUGUUUCUCAGCCACGCUCCGUGUUCUCACCAUCGGAAAUUGUAGCCUCGCCGACGAGACCGUCCAAGGGCUUCACUUCCCCUUGCUCCAGCAGCUCGGGAUUGAGCUUGUCAGUGUCUCCGAGUGCUCGCUGCACAGGUUGAUUGCCGGCUGCCCUGUUCUCGAUUGCUUGCUGAUUAACCAUGGCUACGGCUUUCGCUGCCUCAGGAUCAACUCCCUUACCGUUAGAACCGUUUGUGUCAAGAACUUUAGGCAGGUGAAUGACCAGUUAAAGGAACUCAUUGUUGAGAAUGCUCCUUGUCUCGAAAGAUUGCUGCAUCUUGAUUUCGACUAUGGUCUACAUGUGUCGGUACUCUCGGCCCCUAAGCUGGAGACCUUAGGCUGCCUAACUGAUGGGGCUUACAUCUCCAAGCAAGAUUACCUCUCCAGAUUCGAGUUUGGCACCACUGUUAUUCAGGGAUUGCGUGUCGAUAGCCUUACAACAGUUGUGCGUACGGUCAAGAUUUUAGCUAUCAAUAUGAAGACUCUUAGUUUGGAUAUAGUUAUUGAGUUGUUGAGAUGCUUUCCAUGCCUGGAAAAGCUGUACAUUGAGGCAGAGUCAAUGAGGGUGAAAAAUGAGUGGCGUCUCAAACACCGGAGCCUUGUCAAAUGUCUUGACAUCCGUUUAAAGACAAUUGUUUUUCAGAGUUAUCAAAGCAUUAAAUCUGACGUGGACUUCAUCACAUUCUUUGUGCUGAACGCUAGAGUGCUAGAGUCGAUGACAUUUCAGAUUGGAGCCAGGGAUUGCAAUGAGGAGUUCAUAGCAGAACAACGUAGGAAGCUUCAGAUAGAGAACAGGGCUUCACGAGGUGCUCAGUUUCAUUUUACUUCUGGUAGAUGUGCCCGCAGUGUUUGGGAUAUUCAUCAUGUCAGUGAUUUGGAUUUAGCUGAUCCAUUUUUAUGUUGAUGUUGACAUUUGGCUUUGGUCCAUUUUGAAUUAUUCUAGCUUAUUAAAUUUAUCUCAUUGGUAUUCUGUCCAAGCUUGGUUAGUUUUGGUGUUUGCAUGUUUUAUAGUUUAUAUUAUCUGGAAUCUGGAACCAUUUGCCAUUUAAACAUG